AUGUCAGAACCCAGCACAAUGGCCGAGUCGCCUUCGCAAAAGCCAACCGCGAUACAAAAUCAACAGCAGGGGCAAGAACUUGCCAAUGUCGGGCUACGUGAGAGAUUGAAACACUUUACAUUUGCUUGGUUUCUAUGCACAAUGAGUACAGGCGGCCUCGCCAUCGCGCUCGCCGAGACUCCUCAUAGAUUCAACGCCCGCUACCUGCUUCACCCACAACACUUCAAAGCCGCCUUCACGCACCCGGCUGAAUCCUUCUUCCUGGGUUCCUUCUUCCUCUCCAUCAGCGUCAUCAUCGGCUGUAUUCAACUCUACGGCGUGGCACACGGUCCCGCAUACCAUUGGCUCAUCUCCACUCUUCACGUCCUGUACUGGAUCUACGCCGCCAUCUCCCUGCUAAACUCCAUCUUGCAGUACUGGAUCCUGAUUUCCUGCAGCACCGUCCGUCCAAUCCCGUAUUCGCCUAGUCUCUUUCUCGUGGGAUAUAGUGCGAUGCUGACUGGGACUAUUGCGAGUUUAAUUGCUAGAUCGCAGCCUGAGGAGAGGAGGCUGGCAAUCGUGGUUAGUGGAGUCGCGUGGCAGGGGGUUGGAUGGUGUAUAUCGUUCAUUGCUAUCGUGAGCUAUCUUCGGAGCGCAUUAGAUCAGGGACUACCACCACCGGCAUUGAGACCAGGCAUGUUUAUCCCUGUGGGGAGUUGCGCGUUUACUGUUGUCGCAGUGAUUGGACUGGCGAAUGUGUUAUCUGAAACUUCUUCUACGGGCUAUCUGGCACGCCAUCCCACAGCGGUAGAAGUUCUCAAGAUCCUGGCGCUCUUCAUGGGGAUAUUCCUCUGGCUGUUUGGGUUUUGGUUGUUUGCGCUGGCGGUACUGGGAAAUGUGGUCGUGGUGGGCAGAAUGCCGUUUUCGCUCAGUUGGUGGGCAUUUAUCUUUCCCAAUGUGGGGUUCAUGCUUUCGACGAGUGCCAUUGGGAGAGAGCUGGAGAGUGAGCCGGUGUUGUGGGUUGCGAGUGUGAUGACGGUCUUGUUGGUAGGGAUUUGGAGCGUGGCCGCUGUAGGGUGUGUGAGGGCUGUUUGGAGGAGGGAAAUUGUUUGGCCAGGGCGGGAUGAGGAUAAGAUCAUCAUUGCUGUUCUCAAAAACGAAGUGACCACAGUGUCACCGGUACACUCAUGCGUCCUCUCCAGAUUUCAGCUACAAGUCUUUUUCAGAGUCGUCAACUUCAAGGCCUGGGUACUGUCGACCGUGGUAUACUAUUAG